AUGGACAAGGAAGACAGCCCCGGGAAAGACCCGCAGGCGCUGCGAAAAAGAUACAAAUCGGAAAAAGAGUUGAGCAGGUCGUUCGAAGCGCACGAACGGGGCGAAACAAAAUACGAUGAAGAGGAGAGACAUACUGCUCCCCUACUUCAUGGACACUCAUUUAAACUAAAAAAUAAAAGUCCUGUUCAAAAUGGGAAACACCAUUUAUGGUUAAAGAUGAAGGACAAGGCGAGACGCAGAUCCGAGUCGGAGUACCACAACUGCGUCCGCAGAAACGAUUCAAAACUUACUUGCUUUGUGAAAAAGUACAUGAAAUAUUUUUCUGCCCUGAAGAGGAGAAGCUACAAGACGAGUUCGUAUGGAAGCGGCCCCAACAGUAGGAGCGGUCUCAGUAACCAUCUCGCCAACCGUCUCCGCACGAUGAGGAGUAACCCUAACUGUAUUGCCCAUACGAAGAAAGGCCGCCCCGAUGAGGGCAAUUUCAAGCUCCAGUGUGAGGAGUCUUUACCAGUCGGGCAAAUACUUGGGGGAUCAGUUUUGCACAAAGUGGUAGAUUUGCUUGCAAGUCCAUUUGGCUCUCUCCAGGAAGGGAGCCCCCCCAGCAGUGGCAACUUUAGCAGCUGUGGCAGCCGUGGCAACCGCGGCAACUUUAUCAGCCGCGGCGAAGUAACCCCCCUGCUGACCUUCACGAACGCCCCCUCUGAAGAGGCCUUCAUGGACAAAUUUUACGCCCCCCUUCCCUUCAAAAUGGCCGUGUACUCAACGUUAAUGAUUUUAACCUCGCUGGUUAACUUUUUCAUUUUGCAUUACGGUGUGUUCUUUUUUGAGCACCCGGUGGGGAAAGCGGCAACGUACCUGAACGUGUGUAAGUUAUUCUUCGACAUUUUUUAUUUCUCCUUUUUUGUCAUUUAUAUCUUUUUGUUCAGCUCGAAUUGCAUAGAGAGAGUAUCCCUUUAUUUGUAUAACUCGUCUUACGCGUUUGCAUCACUUCGAGUUUUAUGUAACCUUGUUCUGCUGCACGUGCUCCCUCCAUCUGUGGUGAUAAAGGGGGAGGAGUCUACACCUGUUGUCGCUUUUAUUCCACCCCAAUGUGAGAAGGAGGAGCAGUUAGGUCAGCCAAGCAUCCAUGCCGUAGUCAUCCUCAUGAGUUGUGCCUACCUGUGCGUACUCUGCUGCUUAGAAAAUUACAUCAUGCUUUACCAUUUUGCGCUUAGCUUUAAGUUCUCCCUUUUUUGCAUCCUCUGUGUGUUUACGCUCUGUGUGUACUCCUACGGUUACCUGCACUUUGCCUACAGCGAUGUGGCCGUCUUGUUUUGCUUCUCCCUGUGUGUGCUUCUACUCUCUCUGUGCUAUGAGUAUCGCGUUGAGAGGAGGGAUAGAGCGUCCUUCAUAGGGGGGCGCCACGGUGAGGAGAGCACACACGAGGGGGGAAACACAAACGAGGUUGAAAAGGCAGAUGAGGGGAACAACGCAGAUGAGGGGAACAACACAGAUGAGGGGAAAAACACAGACGAGGCGACAAACACAGAUGAGGGGAACAACACAAAUGAGGGUGAUAACACCGACUACGGGGAAAACGCCAACGAGGCGGACCGCAGGAAGACGCCGAGGCACUACAUGACCAAGUACUUCUCCAUCGACAACUCGACCCCCACGUCGCCCAUCGAAGACAUCUUGAACAACCUGAAGUCCCUGCUGGACCACAUGAAGAAGCUGGAGGAAGAUGCCAGCGAAAAAAAACUAUCAGAAAUGGGAAAAAUGAAAGAAAAAAUAAAAAUGUGUGAAAAUAUCUUGAGGACGCAAAAUUUAAAUGAAGUCCAAAUAUGCAAGUACAGAAAAUUUGAGAGAGUAUACAACAUGUGGUGUUUGGAUAAAAUAGAAAAUAAUUAUUGCGAAAAAAAUGAUGAGUGUAAAUCCUACUUGUCUCAAAGUCUCAACAAGAAAUCUUUUAAUUCAUUUUCAAACAUUCACUCUUUGUUAUCGUCCAAAUUUCAAGAACAGCACAACGAUUCCUUCGAAUGGAAAUCCGACAUUGAGUACCUGUACAAGCGCAAUGUGUUCAUCUCCGUUGGGUAUAAGCUGCUGUACCCGCUGGGCGUCUUGGAGGCCAGCUUCGACAAGGAGAAGCUGAAGAACUUCCUGCUGAAGAUGCACUCUCUGUACAACGACGUGCCCUACCACAACAGUCUGCACGCCGCGCAGGUGGCUCACUUCAGCAAGAGCAUGCUGUUCCUCCUGGACAUCAACCACAAGAUACCAGCCAUCGACGAAUUCUGCCUGCACGUUUCCUCCCUCUGCCACGACGUGGGCCACCCCGGCCUGAACAACUACUUUUUAAUCAACUCGGAAAACAACUUAGCGCUAACAUACAAUGACAACAGUGUGCUGGAAAACUACCACUGCUCCCUCGUUUUCAAAACGCUGAAGGAAAAAAAUUGUAAUAUUUUCGAAAAUUACCCAUACAACAUUUUCACUACAUGCAAAAAAAAUAUCAUUAGGGCUAUCUUGUCAACAGACAUGAAAAACCAUUUCGAGUACAUCUCCAACUUUCGCACUUCCAAAGAAUUUAUAGACUUAGACAUUUUAACAAGCGACCAGACAUGGCAAAUUUUCUCCCUCAUUUUGAAGGCAGCAGAUAUUGGGCAUGCCACCCUCGACUGGAACAAACAUUACGAGUGGACGAUGAAAAUCAAUGAGGAAUUCUACCUACAGGGGUUGUUGGAAAAAUCGUUAAAUAUGCCAAACAGCUUUCUGUGCGAUAUAAAUUCUAUUGAUAAGCUAGCCAAUUCGCAGAUUGGCUUCCUGAAGCAUUUGUGUAUUCCUCUCUUCAGCGAGUUAAAUUCCAUCUCGAGGAAUGAUGAGGUGUACAAUCACUGCAUUUGCUCCAUUGAGAAUAAUAUAGAGCAGUGGGAGAAGAGCAAAAAUAACCAGAAGAGUCUGGGGCUCCACGACAAGUACAGGGAUGAAAAUUUGAUUGGCAGAAUUAAGCUGCUGAAGUUUGUGUGA